AAAUCCCGGGCACCUAUUUCCGUUCCGUCUCCCAUGGUACUUGUAGUUUUAAAAUGGCUAACGGUUUGAUUCCGCUAUGGCCACAGUGCGUACGGUGAACUACUAUACCCAGAAUGUACCGGUCGUUGUCAGCCCGCUGACAACCACAAGAGGCUGUGCGCGCGCCGUGGAAGUCAAGGCUGCGGAAUUGUAUUUUUAGUCGUACUCGGGCUCCGUACGUAGAUUGUAAGACACGAAAAAACUUGCGAACAAUAACCGGUGCCAGUAUGCAUUUUGUGUACGGAUCUACACAACGCAAUUGCGCCUUCUUAAAUGGCACUUACAAACUGCCACACUUCUAGUUCGCUUCGGAGGAUUGUGUUUGCAACCGGGCUAGCGGUGACGAAGAAAAUGAGCUACAGAUAGCCAGCCACACAGACGAAUUCGCCGUAACGUUACUUCGCCGUGGACCGAUCCUGUCGUUUCCCGAUCACCGAUAUCGGGACUUAACCGUUCUCAUAGUUGUACAGAAACAGCCUCCCACGAGGCUCCACGAUCUCGGACCGGGUCUGCCUCGCCGCUCGGUCGGCAGUGCGGCGCAGACACGCCGGGGGACGAGCACCGUGCGACGGCUACUCCUGUGUGGCUAGCUCGCCUCAGCCUGCGACUGGAGCCAAGGCCUCGUUCGUGAGGCGACAAUGCUUGGAAUAAUGUCCGAGCACCAAGAUUCAUUAUUGACAUGCAAGACUGAGCCUCUGCCUCCUGAAAAGAGAAAGAGGACAGUGGAGGACUUUAACAAGUUUUGCAACUUUGUUUUGGCUUAUGCUGGCUACAUCCCAAGCCCAAAAGAGGAGAGCUCAUGGUCGCCCACUUCCUCGAGCUCUGCUCACAGCUCGGGGCUCUUGGGAGAUGGCGGCGGCGGCGGCGGGGGCGGUGGUAACGGAGGCGGCAGUUCCAUGGGUGCCACCUGGGGGGACGGCAGCUCCGACAUCCACACCAUCCACACAUUUGUGCGCAAAGCACGCGCCAACAAGGGCAAAAACAUCCGCCGCAUGCACUCGGAUAGCAGCCUGCUGGACAAAAUGCGCCUUAAGGACUCUCUGUACGAGAGCCAGGUCGGACACAAGGCCGAGCGCAAGAAGGACAAAAAGUUGAAAAAGCUCUCCCUGGGCUCGGCCGGCACGGUUGCGGACAGCGGCAGCAGCGAGGGAGAGAAGCGUGCGCGCAUCAAGCGCAGUAAAAACCCCAAACAGCCCAAGGCACCAAAGAAGCUCAAGAGCUCCACCACCCAGAGCGAGACAGACUCGGAGGCGGGCCACGUGCACGGCCCGGAGGCGCGGCCCGUCCGGGACGAGCUGCUGGCGCACGGCGCGAUGUCCCCCGGCGCCCAGGGGCCCGGCAAGGUCCAGACGGACGACUCCAACCGGGAGGCGGAGAUGAGCUCGAGUGAGGGCGAGACCUGGAUCGCCGACGAAGACAUCAUGGUGGAGUCAGGUGACGAUUCGUGGGACUUGAUCACAUGCUACUGCGGGAAGCCGUUUGCCGGCCGGCCCAUGAUCGAGUGCAACCAGUGUAGCAUCUGGGUGCACUUGUCGUGCGCGAAGAUCAAGAAGUCCAACGUUCCUGACAUCUUUUACUGCCACAAGUGCAGGGACGUGCGACGCUCGGGCCACAAGAAAGACCCUUAAAGCGAGGGACGCAGCGGCGGCGGAUGGAGCACGCUCACAAGACCUCCCACCGAGACCUGUUUAUUUGUUUGUUUGUUCCUUUUUUGGUUCUCAUCGUCGUCCUCAGAAAAGCCUAAUCCCUGCGAUGCCUAACGCCACGACACCCCAGUAUCUGUACGGGUGGAAACUGUAGGUGACCCCUCUUCAAGACAAUCACCGCCAUUCUUCAUUUGUCAAGUCUGCUUCUUUGUUUGUUUUUUAUUUUUUAUUCGCGCCCGCUCACACACAGCUCGAUGGAAUGCCACGGUUACAGUGGAGAAUUGUCUUUUUGUAAUUCGAUUGAUUCAAUUUUAGAUUGACCGCAGGGGUUGCAUUUUUGUUUUUAGAUACAACAGGAUUAUCUACCAUGUCGGUUAACAUAAUUCCCAGUAGGUAUGUCAUAUUUGGGAUAGACGUUCUUAUUUUUUCAGUUCCAAAGAAAAAUAUCAUUGACUUUGGAGCGAAUCUCCCCCCACACACACAGACUUAUAAUCAAUGCAAACCCUUAUAUUGUAUAAAGAAAAACGACAUGACUACAUUGAAGGAAAAGGUCACCAUUGUUAUACGUAAAGAAUUGUCUAUGUUCUAGAUGGGCAGCUCACUUUCCGUUUUAAAUUUCAGCAAAUAGUUUGCUUUUAUUUAGCAAUUUUGAGUUUGUCUUGAAGUGUACACCUCCAUGAACGUUUUCAAUCUUAAAGAUAUUUGUAUUUAAAAGAAAUACUCGACUCAAACACUUUUUUUGAACUGUACACAAAUGGAAUAUAAACGUCUGAACUUCAAAAUGCAUGCAGAACAUUGUUUUUUUCUUUCCAACAGUGCACUUUUUAAAAGAGGAUCCCUCGUACACCUGUUGCUAGGCAGAUGGGUUAUGGGCAGUCUCAUUAUGUAUGUAACAACUCUCCAUGAUUCAGUGCUUAACAAUUCUGUCUGGCUUGUCAACUGUUGCUUUAAAGUUACCAUAUACUACCUUUUUUAUUUUAAGGUUAAUCUUUGAACCUGAUAUUAUUUGUUCCACGUUUUAGUAAUCUGAUUUUCAGUUGUGGAAGAAGAAGAAGAAAGCUAGAGGCAGUUGCGAGACAGUGCAUGAAUGGUUGUAAAAUAUUUUUUUGUUUUUCUUCCUGUAAAGGCGGUGAGGGAUUGUCCUCCAAUUAACAGGAGUGUUUGGUAUGAUUGGCUUGCGUCAAGAAGAAAGCUGGCCGUAGUGUACAGAACUAGAGGUUUAGGACAAACAAAAAUGGUCAACGAAUGGUGGUCCUUUCUUUUUUUUUUUCUGUUUUUGUUUUUACCAUUUACCAUUUGCAUUUCCUUUUCCCAGUGGGAGAGUCUUGGUUAGUCCCCAGUAGAAUUUGCACUCUUCAUACUCCUCCUUCAAAUUUAUGUACAUAUCCUGUUCUUUGACAACUGUACAUAUGUGAAAGUGAAGAGAAAAUAGCCAAGCAAAUACUAUAUUUUCUGCAUUCUGAUUUUGUUUUCUUUAAUUGUAGCUUGACAAAUAAAAGGUCGUUUUGGGGAAACAUCAUUUGAUUUGGUUUUAUGUUUUUUAUUAAGACUGGGUAUUAAUCAGUUAAAAGUAUUUUUAUUUACGCAAUUUCCAUCAUGCACACAGUGAAGUGCUUGUCAUAUUUUGGUCUUGCCACUAGAGGGUGACAUUCUACGUAUAUUGUUGACGUCGGUUAAAUCAAUAUUGAUAAUCUGCAAUAUCAGGAAGGAUAAGUGAUUGAAAAAAAGUCCAUUAUGCAGGAUUCAGAUUGGUGUAGAUGUUUGUUGAAGCCAGCAGCAAAGAAGGCAAUGGUUGACAUCCUUAUUAACUGUAUUCUUCCCAAUGGUUACUUGACGCUUCCUGUAACAAAUAUAUACACACAUAUAAGCAUUUAUUUCACCAUUCACAUCACAUUGAUAUGUAAACACUAACAUUUCUUAAUUGAUGUAUCCUGAUGUCUUACCUUCCGGUUUCGGUUACCGGACAUUAGAGAACUGCCAAUGGAGUCCAUAGGAGCCAGCUUCCUCCUGUGGGAUAGGAAGGCAUUGAUUCCAGGUAAGCCAGGUUAAUACAACGCUAUGUUGAUUAUCCAUAAGUGAGCCUCAUUACUGACUCGCUGCCAUCAACGCCGAAGGUGUAACUGAAUGAGACGAAGAGGUGACGACAAAAUACAUACUAAUUCACUCAAAAUACAGUAAACGUUUUUGAGUGACAUGAUACAAUUUUAAUUGUAGUACAAACCAAAUACCCAAAUAGGUUU